CAACAGAGGCGAACACAGCUCCCUCUCUCUCUCUCUCUCAUACACACAGACACACAUACACACGCUUAUAACACUGUCUCUCCCCGCAGCUGCAACACAUCCAGAGACCACAGAAAGACCACAACAGCACCCGGACCUUAGACGCUGGCACCAUCCACAUCGACUUACACCCAGAGAGGAUCCCAGCAGGAGAGACACCGUCCGCUGCAAACUUGCAAAAAAUCAAGAAAAAGGAUCUACGGCACAGAACCUCUGAGGGAGACUUUUAUCUACUUUUUUCUUAACCUCCAGACGCCUGUGACCCUUCUCCGUUGUGCCACAAUGUCCGAGGUGCUGCCAUACAACGAGGGGAAAAUGAGCGGUUACGGGGCGGACAGCGAGGUCAGUCAGAUGUCCUUUAGCUGCGGACUGCAGGACACAAACGCCUUUUUCGCUUCGUCGCAGGCGAAAAGACCCCCAAAGCUUGGACAGAUCGGCAGAGCCAAGCGAGUGGUCAUCGAGGACGACCGAAUAGACGAGGUCCUGAAGGGGAUGACAGACAAGUCUUCACCCGGCGUUUAAACGUGAACGAUGCCUUGCAGACUUUUUUAAUUUUGAUCACCGAUUUGAAGCACUUGUCGGCUGUGCAUGUUCGAGGAUUUGCGGGAGAAAACGGCGGCCACGAAGCGAGGACGGGAUGAUGGAAGGGACUGAAGAAAGGGGGAAAAAACGGAGAAAAGAAGAGAAAUGAGGAAGAUGGUGACAGAGAGAUGAAGAAAGAAUGAGACUGAGAAAAAAGAGAGAGAAAAGAGAUUGAAAGAGAAAGAGAGAGAGAGAGAGACAGACUCUGGAAAAGAUCAAGAUUUAUCAUGGGAUUGCUGGCAAUUCUUCAAACGAAUCCCGAUUUUAACUACUGCUGCGCAGCAAGAUGUUGAGAUGGCGGACACUGGUCUGUAUCUCAACCUCUGCUGACUCUAAUGAUGGAUGAACUUGUCAUUACUUCACGACCAUCUCUUUUUUUCCUUUCCAAAAGCGCUGUAAGAAACAAAAUACUGCAACUGGAGGCUGAAGCUAAAUCCCAGCCCUGUUUCAAUAAGUUGUACAGUAGGUAGGCUAAGCUCUCAGACCCCCCCCCCCCCCCCCCCCCCCCCCCACACUCUCCCCCUCCCCUCUCUCCCCUUUCCUUCCUCCUUUAGGCUUUGCUUUGUUGAUUCAGUCGGCGACGGUGCAUUCAAGGGAGCUGUCCUUUCAGCACUGGUCCAAUGCAUUCCUGUUGCUGCUAAACGCUUUUUUAAAAAACAAAAAAACAAAAAACAGACCAACCAAACUCUUGAGUCUACUAAAUAGAGGAGACCCAUUGUAUGUAAAAACAUAUAUCCGAGGACGGUGCAAUGUUAAUGUUUUCUGUAGUAGAGCCCCAUUUGUUUUUGGUUUUUGGCCCUCAAACAGCAUUAGGCCGCAGAUUAAAACCGAACCACAGGCUACAUUUUUCUUCUUCUUCUUCUUCUUCUUCUUGCAUUAACCAUCAGUGGUUAAAGGUGUAGGCUGGCACCUUCAUGUAUUUACACCUGCACAUAUCUUUUUUUUUUUCCACCUCUCUUUUUCUUUUUGCAUUUUCAAAUGCUCAGAUAUCUACAGAGGCCAGCAGAGAUGUGGGGAACUAUAGUAAAUGUUUAAAAUAGUAGUCAUGAAAUUGAUGGGAAAAAAAAAAAUGCUUUCUAUCAUUUGGUUAUUUUAAUUUUGCAAUUAUUCGUGUUUCGUCUUCUAUAAAUUUAAAGUUUUUUCUCCAUCUAUUUGCAUGAACUUUCACUCCGGUGCCAACAUAGGUGCCACCACUCUUACCCUGGCACGCUUCUUUUUAACAAAAGUCAUAUUUGUAUUUUUAUAUCUAAAUAUUUGUUAUUUAAAUGAUAUGCUAGUCUAUCGUCUUACAAUUCAUCAACAAAAAUAUUUCUACUUUAGAGAGGAUAUACAGAGUGAGACUAGGCUUCAUAGAGGAGAAUCUAAGAUUUUGGUGGACUGGUCUCAUUCUAUAUCAGAGGUCGGACGUUUUUUAAAGACUAACUGAAUGUGUCUGGGGUUUUUGCACACAUCAAUGUUAAACUAUUAUUAAGAAAUCGUAUACUGUGACUUGAGCUUCGUUGAUGAAUUUGUUAGAAAAUGGCAGUUUUAGAGUAUAUUGCACUGUUUACGAGUAUCCUCAAAUAACACGUUGUUAUUUGACCGAUUUUGGACAUUACAGUUUUUUUGUUUUGUUUAUUUAAUUUUAUUUUUUUGUUUAUUUUGUACCAUUAUUUUAAAGAAACUGGAUAUGGUUUGUUGUGCAUGAAACCUUAAUAUUUUCAAUAAUGAAACAUCGUUUUAUGAAGCAAAAAAGCAACAAAAAUGUCAUGACAUUCUAAGAAUGAGUCAUUGUAUAUUAUGAU